UUGUUGGUGUUUUGAUAUCCCACGUGGAAUACCGUCCCACAAGCAGAACAACAACCGACCGGGCGAGUGUUUCUUGCGGAACAUUUAACAUGUCGUACCAAACAUUCCGCGAGAAAAAAAACGGGAAGUCCUUUUAGGAAGAUGUGACAAGUGUCAGUGAGGAUAAUGUGCAUUUGACUGCAGAGAGAGGAGAUGAUGCUCCCUGCCAGAUUAACUUCUCAGGUCGUUCUGAACCCCUGGAGGCUGCGUCACCAUGGGACCUGCUACUCCAACCUCCCUAGCCUCUCCAGCAAUUACCUGAAGAAUCAGAGAAAAACCGAGGUCUCUACCCACCACCCCGAAAAUAGCCCGCAAUCAUGGUUGUUAAGUCCACCAACCAGACUUGAUGCCACCAGGAAAAGACUGUUCAGCCUGUCAGCGGCUGGGAUUGUCAACUCUGCCCCAGCGCCCAUGCAGCCCUACCUCAGAUUAAUGAGACUUGACAAACCAAUCGGAACAUGGUUGUUGUACCUGCCUUGCACUUGGAGCAUUGGCCUGGCUGCAGACCCAGGCUGCCUCCCACAUCUGGGCAUGCUCACGUUAUUCGGCACCGGGGCCCUGCUGAUGAGAGGGGCUGGCUGCACCAUCAAUGACAUGUGGGACAAGGACUUUGACAAGAAGGUUGCCAGGACAGCUACUCGGCCAAUUGCUGCAGGGGAGAUCACUCAGAUGCAGGCCCUAGUCUUCUUGGGGGGUCAGCUUUCUCUGGCAUUGGGGGUCCUGCUUUGUCUCAAUUAUUACAGUAUAGCUCUUGGAGCUGCUUCCCUAUCUCUGGUAGUCACAUAUCCACUAAUGAAGAGGAUCACCUACUGGCCACAGCUUGUAUUGGGACUGACCUUCAAUUGGGGAGCACUGCUUGGUUGGUCAGCGGUCAUAGGCUCCUGUGAGUGGUCGGUGUGCCUUCCUCUGUAUUUCUCAGGAGUGAUGUGGACAUUAAUUUAUGACACCAUCUAUGCCCAUCAGGACAAAGAUGACGACAUCAGGGUAGGGGUCAAGUCUACAGCAUUGAGGUUCCAGGAGCAGACCAAGCCGUGGCUCAGUGGGUUCAUGGUGGCCAUGAUGUCAGGGCUGAUUGUGGCUGGGGUCAACGCAGAACAGACUCUGCCUUAUUAUGCAACACUGUCCACUGUGGCUAUUCACCUCACACAUCAGAUCUACACAUUGGACAUCAACAAACCAGAGGACUGCUGGAAAAAAUUUGUUUCAAACAGAAACCUUGGACUACUCCUGUUCUUAGGAAUAGUCUGUGGAAACUUGUGGAAAGAAAGAAGAGACACUUCAUUGCAAAAUGAUUAACUAGCACUACAAUAAACUUCUCAGAACACAAGAUUUACAUUCUAGUGUGCACAGGACGUUCUAGUUAUAUAGUAGUACACAACCCAUUAUUUUGUAAGUCUUGACCGUAUUGGAUGUUGUCUUUAAAUAAAGCUCAUUUUAAGCUCUG